AAGCCUAACAUUUUUCAGUUUUGGGGACAAUAAACUAUCUGGUAUAUUCCCUUUAUCCCUUUUCAAUAUCUCAUCUCUUAAAACGAUCUCAAUUACACAAAACAAGCUUAGCGGUAGCCUACCAAGCAAAAUAGGAAUUAGUCUUCCAAAUCUCCAGCAGAUUACUAUUGGAUAUAAUUUUUUUUUUGGGUCAAUUCCAAAUUCCAUUUGCAAUGCUUCUCAAUUAGAGAUAUUUGAGGUUGUAGAAAACAAUUUUGUGGGACAACUCCCAAAUUGUCUGGGAAAUUUACAAAGUCUUCAGCGUCUAACAGUUGCUGAUAAUAAUCUAGGAUAUAAUUCCACAAGUGAUUUGGCCUUUUUAACAUCUUUGAAAAACUGUAGCAAUCUAAAAAUUCUAGGUUUCAGUUCAAACAAUUUUGGAGGUGUUUUGCCCAACUCCAUCGCCAAUUUGUCAGUUCAACUUAACCAGCUAUAUUUUGGAGGAAAUCAAAUCACAGGAACUAUUCCUGAAGCGUUGGAGAAUCUGAUCAACUUAAUUUCAUUGGACAUGCGGGAUAAUCUUUUCACUGGUCUUUUCCCCUCUUCCCUAGGAAAAUUAAGUAAACUUCAACUAUUGGAUUUGGGAGAAAAUAGAUUGUCAGGUCAGAUUGCAUCCUCCAUAGGCAAUAUCACCCAGUUAUCUAAGCUUUCCAUUUCACGAAACAAUUUGGAUGGAAUUAUUCCUGGAAGUAUAGGAAAUUGCAAAUUUUUGCAGUAUUUGGAUAUGUCAAGAAAUAAGCUCAAUGGAUCCAUACCCAAGGAGGUUCUCAGUCUUCCUUCAUUAUCUCUGUACUUAAACUUAUCACAUAAUUCACUAACCGGCAGCCUACCUGAAGACGUGGGAAAGCUGACAAAUAUAAAUAAACUAGAUGUCUCAGAAAACAUGCUUUCCGGAGAAAUUCCUGAAACCAUUGGGUCUUGUUCAAGUUUGGAAUAUCUCUAUAUGCAAGGAAAUGCUUUCCGCGGAAGCAUUCCUUUAUCUAUGGCUUCAUUGAAGGGUCUCCAGGUAUUAGAUCUUUCGCAAAACAACCUCACUGGAGAAAUUCCAAAAGAGCUGCAAAGUUUACCAUUUCUAUUAUAUUUAAAUUUUUCUUUCAAUGAUCUUGUGGGUGAGAUUCCAGCCGAAGGAGUUUUCAGCAAUGCAAGUAGAAUUUCAUUGAUGGGUAAUAAUAAGCUUUGUGGUGGUGUGCCAGAACUCCAUCAACCAAAAUGCCCUACAAAAGCAAUGGAGAAUGAUUGCAAUUUCAUUUGUUUUGACGCAUCCAAUGCUAUUAAGUUAGCAAUCAUAAUUCCAUGCGUGAUUUUGUGUGUCCUGUUGAUGUUAGUCUCCGUGCUUGCAUAUCGACGGAGAGUAUCAAAAAAGAAGUCGUCUGCAGUACCCAUAGACAUGGAUCACCCUGCUCAGGUAUCUUACAAGGAACUUUAUGAUGCAACAGGUGGAUUCUCUGACCACAACUUAAUUGGUUCUGGCAGCUUUGGUUCUGUGUAUAAAGGAUUACUCAAUCAAAUGGAAGGACCUGUGGCUAUUAAGGUUCUCAAACUUGGAACAAAGGGUGCUUCAGAAAGCUUCAUGGCAGAAUGCAAGGUGUUAGGGAUAGUGAGACAUCGGAAUUUGGCUAAGUUGUUGACGUGUUGCUCCAGCAUUGAUUACAAACAAAAUGAAUUCAAAGCUCUAGUUUAUGAAUUCAAAGGUAAAAGAAGCUUGGAGAAGUGGUUGCAUCAUGCCAGCAUAAAUUAUAAGUCAAGAAAAUUGAAUUUUCUUCAAAGAUUGAAUAUUGCAAUUGACGUGGCAUCUGCAUUGCAUUACAUUCAUGACCUUUGUGAAAUUCCAAUCAUUCAUUGUGACUUGAAGCCAAGCAAUGUUCUUCUCGAUGUUGACAUGGUUGCAUAUUUAAGUGAUUUCGGUUUGGCUAAGCUAUUCUUGAAAACCAAUGAUGCAUCACAAAAUGAAACCAGCUUAGUUGGAAUAUUGGGGACUGUUGGCUAUGUGCCUCCAGAGUAUGGAUUGGGUGGCAUUCCAUCAAAAGAGGGAGAUGUGUAUAGUUAUGGGAUCCUUGUAUUGGAGAUGUUCUCAGGGAAAAGGCCAACAGAUAAAAUAUUUGAAAACCAUUUAACUCUACACAACUUUGUAAAGGAUGCAUUACCAAGAAAACUUGUGCAGAUCACAGACCCAACCAUUCUGUCAAGCGUAAUGGAAGAAACAUCAACAACAAAUGCUGAAAUGAAUGAGCAGGUAGAAAUACACGCUGAAACAGAGUCGAGCAAUGGGAACUUGAGCCGAACAGGUAUUGCCAAAGAUAAAGAUUGUUUGAUUUCACUAUUCAAAGUUGGAGUAGCCUGCUCAGUAGAAUCACCCAAAAAUAGAAUGAGAAUGGGGGAUGUUGUUAAAGAACUACAUUUGAUUAGAAGUAAUUUGCUUGGAGUUCGUAUCUUUGGAUGAAGAUAGGCAAGUACAGGUCGUUUUUGCUGCACUUUUUGGUUGCCCUGUGGGAGUAAUGGAAUCCAAUGAAGCUGUACUUCUAGCUAUCUACGAAGCUCUAAACUUGUCAGUGUCUUCGCCUGUUGGGCUGUGCUUCACUUCCAAUCAUUAUUGAGUGUGAUUCGAAGAACGCAAUCUGUUGGGCUUUCCAUCCAGAUUCUGCACCUUGGCGACUUUUUCAACUCUCAUCAACUCAGUCUUGGACUUGCUUAAAUCCUUGCCCAAGGUUUCCUUUUCACAUGCACUAAGGGAAGCAAUUCAUUAGCGGAUUUCCUAGCUAAACAGGGCCUGGACGGAUCCGACGACUUUGUAGCAAGCCUCAAAUUUUUUUGGCAUUACUGAUUGGUCUUUAUGAGUUAAGCAUACUGUUCUUCAGCUCUUCUUUACUGGGAUUCUGGGGAGUGGGCACUUUGGGCUCUGUUUCUUUUAUUAUUGUUUUGGGUUUUAUGUUAUGUUUAUUUUGUCUGUUUGUAUUUGAUUGCUUAAGCAUGUGCUGGUUUGUUUUCUGCUUAGUUGUAAUCAUGGUCAUCAUGUGUUGUGUGUGGAGUCUUUGUGCAACUGGUGCUGGGACACUUUGCUUUCUUUGGACUGUGUGUUUUGGCUUUUGCUGCUGGGUUUUGUUCUAGAUUAGCCAUGAAAUUGCAGCAUCUGUCAGCUCUGUUUUGUUUUGUUUC